AUGAUAUUAUUUACCACUUCUGGUUUCGUUGAUUACAUUGUGACGAAGACAUGCAGAAAGAUAGAGGUAUCAAAGACGCGUGGUCCUUCCUCUUGUAAUAAUAUCACUCAGAAGCAUCACAUUUUGAUGACGAGAUCUCAACUUCCAUGCUCAAGUAGCCACGACGACACAUCUAAUUUUAAAAUUUCAAAUAUAUGUUAUACAUGUAAUCAAGGUUCAAUAGUUACACUCCUUAUUAAUUAUCCCUCUUCCGCAGUAGAAAGCUGA